AUGCUUUCCAUCGGCCAGAGCUCGGCGAUGUUCUUUGGGCAACUGGGCCUUGUGGUAGCUGAUGAAGUUGCCCUGAAACAGCUUUGGAGUUUCCGAGGGGCUUCUGCAACAUUGCCCUGUUUCUUUUGUCGAAAUGUAUGCAGCUGGUCGUCGCAACUGCACGAGCACGACGACUCCGGCAGUCUGGUGCCUUUGACGGUCUCAACUCUUGAUGCAGUUGUGCAACAUACAAAUGAGACCUUGCUGGAGGCAGCUUCCUUGCUGCUCCGGAGGAAGCCAGCCCUUUCCAAGACGGCCUUCACUUCUUUGGAGCAAAGCGUGGGCUUGACCUUCAGCCCAGAGGGCGCGUUGUGGAGCAAUGGCCUUUUCAAUGACAUGAGAGGAGGCGGGCCAUUGACAUGCACCCAGUACGACUGGAUGCAUUGCUUCCUCGUGUCUGGAAUUUGGAACACGGAGGCGGGCCUGUUGUUUGGUGCCCUGGCGGGAACGGCUGCGAACUGCGUAUCUUUUGACUCUUGGCUUCAAAGCUGUGUGUGGCCAAAAUCCCUGAGCUCGCGCGGUGUGACAGGCAAACAGGCGCUGAAGAAGAGAACAGCAACCGAUUCGUCCGACGUCAAGACAUCGGCCUCGGAAGGGCUGACCCUGUACCCCUUGUUGAGGCUGUUUCUGAUGGAGACGCUUGAGGCUCCUGAUGCGAGCGUUGCGCCUGCGGUGCAGUCGUACUACGCGCUAAGCAGGGUUUUGGACUUGCUUGUGCGACUUCGAAAUCAUUCGGUAGACAGCUCUGAGCUUAGGGCAGCCAUCAGCGCCCACUUGCAGAGGAGACUUCUGGUCUACGGACCAUCUGCUUUUACGCCCAAGUGUCACUAUGCGUUGCACUUUCCCUCGUUUGUGGACUCUCACGGCCGCUUGGUCGCGUGCUGGACGCACGAGCGUAAGCAUAAGGAAGUGAAGCGGCACGGCAACCAGCUGGCCAACGCCAACAAGAGCUUGUCCUUUGAGAAGUCGUUGCUGUCUCAGGCAGUGCUUUCGCAGCUGCUGCACUUGAAGGAGUUCAGCGCAGUGGGGGGCGUGCAGUUGGUGGCUCCACAAGACGCGUCCAGUGACAUCGCCAGCAGCAUCAUGACGUUUCUGGGCGAAUAUGCUCAAGCUCAGGUCAGCGCAUCUUUGGAAGCCAUGCUGAAGCAUGGAGAGCUGUGCGCCAGGGGUGAUGUGGUCCUUGCCCAUUCUUCUGACGAAGGUAAAUUUAUUGGCAUGGUGUGGUUUCAUGUAUCCAUCUCCGGCGCUCAUUUCACUUUGUUGGCAAAGUGGCACGCCCUGGGCAGAAAUGUUUUCAAGAUGCUGGAUGCGCCGUCGUGGGUCGAGACCGUCAACGUGUCUAGGACUUGUGUUUAUCGAGUACACAAGGACAUGGUGCACGCAAGUGUGGCACCGUGA